AUGGAUGACCAAAACAUCCCAGAUCCAGACUUGCUGUUUUCCUCAGAGGACGAGAAGACAUUUGGAUCAGAGUCACAGCUGCCCUCUCUUCCUUUGCCAGAUCUCAAUCAUACAUUACAGAGAUAUCUGGAAUCAGUAAAACUACACGUCACAGAUGAGGAGUAUAAACACACAGAAUUCAUUGCUCAACAGUUUGCCUCUGGUGUUGGAAAGGAGCUUCACAAAAAGUUAGCAGAGAAAGCUCAGAAUGAGAGAAACUGGUUAGAGAAAUGGUGGGAAGAAAAAAGGUACCUAGAAGUAGGAAUCCCACUGGCCCCGUUCAUCAAUCUGAUUGGAUUGGGCCCCUAUUACAAUCAUUACUGGACCCCCAAGCCAGGGACUCAGUUAGAGAGGGCGGGAAUCGUACUCCACUACGACACCAAGUUCUGGCAGCUCAUCAAAAGGGAGACUCUUAAGGUGGAUGUAGACAAUAAAGGGAGAAAACUCUGUAUGAACCAGUUUAGGCGGGCCUUCUCCACCUGUAGAAUACCAGGUGUCUUCAGAGAUCAACUGAUUUCUCACUUCAAGACAGAAUCCGAGGGUCCUACCCCCCUUCAUGCUGUGGUGCUGUACAAGGGGAGAUUCUUCUGUUUCGAUGUUGUGGAUCAGAAUGAGGAACCACUCCGACCCCCGGAGAUACAGCAUCAGCUGACCUUGAUUAAAGACCGAUGUGAUAGAGAACCCCCAGGCAUAGGACUAGGGGCUCUCACAGGAGAAACAAGGAAGAAAUGGGCAGAGGCCAGAAGUCGACUUUGUGCUUUGCAUCCAGAGAACUUUCACAAUCUAAAAAAAAUUGAGACCAGUAUAUUUACAAUUGCACUUGAUGAUUUUGAGCCAAAAGACAAUUCAGAGGCAUUUACUUACUCAGGGGGAGGGACCAAUUCCAGAGACAGAUGGUUUGAUAAAUGUGUCAACCAUAUCUUCUAUAAUAAUGGGAUUUGUGCAUGCAACUGUGAUCAUGCUUCUUUCGAUGGAAUGGUCAUGGUGACUAGUCUAUACUAUGUUGACCUAAAUAUUAGAAGGUCAAAGGGCAAAUGGCAGGGUUCUGUGGAAAUUAGAGACCUUCCAAAACCAACCGAAUUAAAAUUCCAUGUGGACAGUGUCAUUAUUGAGGCCAUUCUUGCUGCUGAGAAAUUCUUCUUAGCUAAUGCAAAUACUCUAUCAAGUACAACACUUAAAUAUACAAAAUAUGGGAAGAAAAAGUUACGGAAAUACAAAUAUCACCCUGAUACGCAUGUACAACUAGCUCUGCAUUAUGCAUACUACAAAAUACACAACAAACUAGCCCCAUCAUAUGAGCCUGCCACCACGAGAAGAUUUUACCACGGUCGAACAGAAACCUUAAGAACAUGUACUGUAGAGGCCGUAGAAUUCUGCAAAGUCUUGUGUGAUCCGAAGGCUUCAGUUCAGGAGAGGAAGAUUGCAUAUAUGAAAGCAGCAAACAAACAUAAUAAGUUAAUGGAUGAAGCAAAAGAAUCGAAAGGAUGUGACAGACAUUUGCUUGGUUUGGAAACAAUAGCCGAGGAACUAGGCAUACCAAAACCAUUGCUGUUCCAAGAUAAAUCGUUCACAAAAAGUGGCGGGGGAGGAAAUUUUGAGUUAUCCACUAGUUUAACAGGGUACACUUCAGUGUUUGGGGGUAUGGCUGCCAAGACUAAUGAUGGAUAUGGAUGUUUCUAUCAAAUUGAACAAAACUACAUUGAGAUGGUAGUAACAACAUGGAGAACUAGUAAAAUCACCAGCUCAGAGAAAUUUGCUCAAAUAAUUCAGGGAUGUUUGGACGACUUGGAUGAAUUGAUGUUAUCAGAUACACCAAUGACGGCUAAACUUUGAUACUGUUAAAUAACAUUGAGAGACAAUGGCAAGAUCUGAAACUUUUUGUUGGGUAUUUUAUAAUAAGUCAAUCUUAGUCAAUUGAGAAAUUAAAGUUACCUUUAAACCUAAUUCUAAGCUGGAAAUGGCUAAAUGGCUUCUUAAACAUCAUUAGUGCUUUGAACUGUUUAAAGAAUAUCAUUUUUCAGUAAUAUUAUGUAAUAUUAAGUAAUGAUUAUUAUGAAUAGACGAGAUAGAAGUUUGUGUUUCUCGACAAAACAAACAAGUUAUCUGAACAUGCA